AUGACUAUGGAAAAAGUUUGUACCAAAUGGGAAGAGGCAUGUAAACUAGCUUGGUACGACAUUAAAGAAUACACAUUCGGCGAAUCAAUUGGUCGUUUUUUUGAUGAUAAUUUGUCGGCACCAUCAUAUGUUAAGAAAUUAUUAUCAAAUUUUGGUAUUUAUUUGAGAGAUUUGUUUCUUUUGGAAAAUUGCGAUUCAAGUAUCAUGCCAAUCAUUGGUGAGCGCUGCAAAAAUUUAACAAGUCUUUAUUUAAUUGUCAACGGGGCAUUAGAAAUAAAUAUGAAUCACUACAUUCAUGCCUUCAAAAACAUGGAUAAAUUAACAAGAAUUCAUAUACGCGUAAUGAAUAUGAAUAUAAGGAAAUUCAAAAAACUUCAAUGUUUGUCAUUAAGUGGCUGCCUUCUAGAUGACAUAAUUCAAGGAAUAUCCGAAACAACAACACUUGUAGAACUCAGUCUUCUCAAUUCUUUUAAUAUAAGAAAAUUCAAACAACUCCAACAUUUGUCAUUAAGUGGCUGGCUUCUAGAUGACAUAAUUCAAGGAAUAUCCGAAACAACAACACUCUUAGAACUCAGUCUUCUCAACUCUUUUGUGAGUGGAAACUGCUUGUACAAUCCUGUUGAUAUUUUUAAUCAAUUUGUUAAUUUAAAAUAUAUUGACAUUGAUAAUCCAUGGGGAAUAAAUACUCCAAACGUACUCAAUAAUAUUUUAAAUUCAUCCAAGAGUAUAAUACAUUGCAAUAUUAUGUUGCUUCCAUGUUGGAAUGCACCUGAUAUUUCAAUUAAAAAUUGGGAUAAUCUUCAAAACUUGGAACAUCUCGGUACUCGUUUUAGAAUUAAUAAUAACACAACAAUCAAACGACAAGUUGCUCCUGUCUAUUUUGAUGAGUUGGCAGAAUUGCAAUAUCUUGAAUAUUUAGAUGUGUCAAAUAUGCAUGAAUUCCAAGAUAGCAGUCUUCUUGCUAUUGCUUAUUCAUGCGAAAAUCUACAAAAAUUAGAUAUAAGUUCAUGCUUUUAUAUUACUGAAGAAGCUCUCAUGUCUUUAACGAGCUUGGAAAAAUUAGAAGAAUUAAGUGUCGGUAAUAUUGAUGGUGUUACAGAUAAUUUUAUCAGUCAAUUGAAAGGAUUAAAAAAACUUUUUUGUGAAUAUUGUAAAAAUAUUACUGAUGCUGGUAUCAUCGAAUGUAUAAAAAAUUGUCCGAAUCUUGACACUCUUAAUCUCUACCACUCUAACAUUACAAUUAACACGUUAACUGGUGCUGAUGAAAUAACUAAAAAUCGUACAAAUAAUAUAGCUUUGUGUAUAUUCUUUGAAGAUUUUGCAGAAGCUUUGACGUUCCAAACUGAAUCUAACUGGUUAAAUCUUCGCGCCGGUGUUUUGACACCAAUUGAAUAA